CUUUCAAUUUCCCUCUUUCUCUCACUUCACUUCACUACUUACUUCUUCCUCUAGUUCUUGCUCUCUCUCUCUAGUCUCUCCCCUGUUUCUUCUUCUCUCUCUAAGAGCCAUGAUUUCGAGAAGUUAUUCUGGUUCGAGCUCUUCGGGAUGUUGCUCGCCUUCUUCUUCAGCGAAUUCUUCCCCGCCGGUGGCCACGGCGGGGACGUUAUUUUGCGGCGGAGCAGAUCGGAUGGUAGAGGAGGAACUUCAGGCCGCGGAGGCCUUGGCGGAUUUGGCACAUUUGGCUAUGCGAGAGAGUUGUGGCGGUGAAUCAGUUGGGAUUCGAAGUCGCAAAGGGAAGCGAGUCAAGAGUAAGUCGCCCCCGGUGGUGUUUGGUGUGGACCUGGCUAACUCGGUCACCAAGUGCUCGGAUCUUGCUCAGCAGGAUCGAAGAGUAAGUCAUCAUGAAAAGGUAUGUGGAAAUGUACUCACUGAGCCUUCGAAGUUUGAAGAUGAUCACAGAGAAAAGAAUAUGAAGGUUGGGAAAGACACUGAUUUACCCAACACAAGUCCUAUGGGCACUGCAAGAUACUCAUCAAUGGGAUGCGGCAAGUCAAGACGCAAUUUGUCUGAGGCAGAAAAGGAAGCACGCAGAAUACGCAGGGUUUUAGCUAACAGAGAGUCCGCUAGGCAAACAAUUCGCCGAAGGCAGGCCCUUUGUGAGGAGUUGACAAAAAAAGCUGCUGAUUUAGCAUCAGAGAAUGAUACUUUAAAGAGGGAAAUGGAGAUGGCAUUGAAAGAGUACCAGUCAUUGGAAAUCACAAAUAAACAAUUAAAAGAUCAGGUGGCUAAUGUGGUAAAGAUAAACAUUGAGGAAAGUCCAAGUCGUCAUAAACCUGUUUGUCAUCAGUUAAAUCCACCUUCAACUUCACCCCCAAACGGCUCAUUAUUCUUGUACAACCAUCCACCAUUAACACCACUUUUCUGGCCUCCCACUUCUCAAUCUGAAAAUUUUGUCCAAACAUCUCAUCUAUCACAAAAUGCAAUUGUUAUGCCUUCAAACAUUACUUUUCCAGCCGAGGGCAGGCAUGAUUCUUGUGAACAAGAGAACCUCCAUAUGAAUGGACCAAGGCCUCCUUUUUAUAUUUUGCCAUGUCCAUGGUUUUUUCCUCAUCCUGGUCAUGGGAUUGCAGUUCAAUCUCAGCCAUCUUUUACUCGGAAAAUUGAACGAGAGGAAAGUUAUAUUAAUAAUCAAGACAGUGCUACAUCCUCAAAAGCCAUCCACCAUAUUGAGAAUCAACAUUCCUUUUUGCGUGUCAAGGUGAAAACAGAACCUUCUGGUUGUGGCUCAUUGGAAGCCCAAACAAACGAUCUUAAUGAACACCCAGCAGAGGUUUCUCAAGAAACAGAUGACCAGGAAACAGGAUUUCACUCAAGUGGAAGAGUUUACAAUGAAUCGUUCAUUACUCCCGCACCAGUAAAACCUAUGGUGACUAAAUCUACUGCCAAGCAUGAGAUUGAGCUUCAACGAGGUUUUACUACUAAUAAAACAUCUGCAGAUGUUUGUCAUACACCAUCAGCCCCACCAGGAAAAAGUUGUGAACCAAUCAUCUACUCAUGUAAGAAAUCAGCGGAGGCAGUUGUUGCAGCCGAGGCAAGAAAGAGAAGGAAAGAACUCACAAAGCUAAAGAACAUGAACGGCCGUCAAUGUCGGAUGCACUGUUGAGCUCUGAGGCAAAAGGUGAUCUUGUCAUCUUUGAUUUGAUUUUAAUAAUCCCUUGAAGAUUGAUCCAAACAGGGCACGUAAACCAUAACAGUAGAUAGUUAUUAAAGAAUCCGACACAAACUUGUAACUUUAUGUAACUUACAUGUCCGAGCCAUUACUCAUUUUCUUAUAUGUUACUUCAGAAAGGCAACUAGAGAUUUUGAUGGUCCAAUUGUGUUUUGUGGGUAGCUUUCCAUGAUGAAAUCAUCAAGAAUCGUACAGCAGAUACUGUGAGAAUGUGUACUUACAGACCAAGCUUUUCCUGGAGAUUUUAGUGACCCUUAGUCAACAACGGAUGCUCUAAUUGUAGUCUAAGAUUUGGAGAGGGCAUAUUAGGAAGGGCCUGGGGUUUAAGUCAUCAAUUUCUACAGAUAUUUAUCUAGCUUUUGUUCUGGCUUGUAAAUCUUUCAUCAGGAAACGGAUAUUCCCUUAAUAAAAGUCGAAGUUGCUGUUUUGUACCGUCA